UGGAUCCUGCCGUGUCCAGCGGGCUCCAGCGCAGCUGGCCGGUGCCAGAGCCGCGGCUGUUUGCGAUGCCGCCGCCGUGUUUGCAGUGCACACACCCGCGGUCUGGUUGAGGGGGGCCGAGGGGCCGAGCGUGGUGGCGGUGGCGGUGGGCACGGCAUGGGCACAGCGAGCGCCGUGGCUGCUCUCUGCUGGCAGUGCUGUGCAGGCCCUGCCAUGUCCCUGUCCUUGCAGGGUGCUGCAGCUGUGCCCACGUCCUUCCCCCUCUACCCGCUCACAGCUGCAGCUCACACAGAAGCCUUCUGAACAGCGGCACAGCCCCAAAGCCCUCCCAGCCCUUGCUGUCAGCCCUGCCGCUGGCAGCCCCUUAUUUCCCCACUUUUGCUCAGCGGUGCCACAUCCUUCCCCAGAGCAUGUCCCCAUAUCCUCUUUCCCAGGAGGAGCUGCCAUGGGCUGUGUCACUCCUCCUGCCAUGGGCACAGCAUCCUUGCACAGGCUCAGAUACUGCCACCAGCUCUCCAGGGCUGGCCCUGAUACACCCUCACCAGCGCCUUGCAGGGUGCAGACAGGGCUGGGAACACAAGAACAUCCCUAUCCACCCAGGUCACCUGCAGGAGGCAGGUGGGUCCCCUGGUCCCUGGCCCAGCUGGACAGCUGGACAAGGCAGGACACAACCACACUGGGACCCGUGGGGCUGGCCCUGAUGUUUUGGGAUGCUUGUUUUGGGCUUGGCUCCUGUGUAUUGGUUUGUGGCCAGUUUAAUCCAGCUCACAGCUGUUAUAAGGUGUGGGAUGAGUGGGAUCCCGUGAGUGCUGGAGGGGAGCUCACACUGUGGCUGCCGCUGCCGGCGGCCAUGCGAGCCCACAUGCCCGGGGCGGGUGGCACGGCUCUCCGGGCAGCAGACAGCUGCUCACAGCCCAGACUAGAGUGCAGCAACCCUGAAGCUCCCUCCCAGGCUUUCGGCUGCAGCAUCUUCCCCUCCAGCACGGCCACAGCGGCCCGGCGAACUGGUGCCGCCCUGCAGUGGGAGGAGAGGGGGGACGUCACCUGCCCGCUGCUCUUCAUCCAGCUCAACCAGCUCCUCAGCACCCCGGCAGGGCUGGAGUGGAGGGAGAUGGCCAGGUGGAUCAAGUUCGAGGAGAAGGUGGAGGAUGGCGGGGAGCGCUGGAGUGCACCCCAUGUCCCAGCUCUGCCCCUGCACAGCCUGUUCCAGCUGAGGACAUGCCUGCAGAAGGGGACAAUGCUCCUGGAUCUGGAUGCCACCAGUUUCAAGGAAAUAAUUGACAAAGCACUUUCCGAGCAGCCCGAGGAAGCAGAGCUGCAGCCUGCACUGAGGGAGCGCCUGGCAGCCCUCCUGCUCCUCCAGCCACAGCACCAGCCUACAAAAUCCCUGCUGCAGCUCCUUGCCGAGCUUGGUCUCUCUCCCUGCCGAGGUAGGAAACCCAGCUGUCCCACCAGGUCUGAGCCCAGAACCCAGGUCUCAAAAACGCCUCUUAAGGAGCAGCUCAGAAACAGAUUCAAGAAGAAGGUCCCACCGGGGGCUGAGGCAGCCCACGUUGCUGUCGGGGAAGUUGAAUUCCUGGAAAAGCCCUUCACUGUCUUCAUUCGCCUGAAGCAUGGGGUGUCCCUUGGCUCACUGUCUGAGGUUUCUCUUCCAAGCAGGUUCCUCUUCAUCCUGCUGGGCCCCCCCAGAGUGAAAGCCUACCACGAGGUUGGCAGGGCCAUGGCCACACUGCUGACAGAUGAGCUCUUCCGGAGAGUUGCCUGGCAGGCUGAACACCGAGAGGACCUCAUGUCAGGGAUGGAGGCGUUCCUGGAUGAGCUGAUCGUGCUUCCUCCUGGGAAAUGGGACCCUGGUGCCCGAAUUCCUCCACCAAGCCAUCUGCCAGCUCCACGCAGGAGGACCGCUGUGGACCCACUGGACCAGCAGCCUCAUGGUAAUGGGGACAUGACAGCAGCUGGGGACAGAGCCAGCCCAGGGCACCCACGCUCUGGGGAGGAGCUGGAGAGGACAGGCAGGCUUUUUGGGGGGCUGCUGCGAGACAUCCGGAGGAAGGCACCAUGGUACGGCAGCGACUUCUCCGACGCCCUGCACCCCCAGUGCCUCUCAGCAGUGCUCUACAUCUACCUGGCCACAGUCACCAAUGCCAUCACCUUCGGGGGCAUGCUGGGGGAUGCAACUGCCAACAUGCAGGGGGUGCUGGAGAGCUUCCUGGGCACAGCCUUUGCUGGGUUCAUCUUCUGCCUCUUUUCGGGCCAACCCCUGACCAUCCUGAGCAGCACCGGCCCCGUGCUUGUCUUUGAGCGCCUCCUCUUCUCCUUCAGCCAGGAUCACAGCCUGGACUACCUGGAGUUCCGCCUCUGGAUUGGGCUCUGGGUGGCCUUUUUUGGUGUGGUGCUGGUGGCCACCGAGGCCAGUCACCUGGUGAGGUACUUCACUCGCUUCACCGAGGAAGGCUUCUGUGCACUCAUCAGCCUGAUAUUCAUCUAUGACUCCCUGAAGAAGAUGCUGAGCCUGGCAGAUGCCUUCCCCAUCAACUGGCACUACCGGCUGGACAACGUCACCUCCUACAGCUGCACCUGCAACUUGUCCAGCCCCGGUCACAGCUCAGCAGGGAAUGACACAUCGCUGCCCUCACCCCUGGCCACCUGGCAGCCUCCUGCCACCCCAGCAGGGCUGAGCAGGACCCAGUGCCUGGAUCAAGGUGGGCAUCUCCUGGGCACCAGCUGCCAGUAUGUGCCCGAUGUCACCCUCGUCUCCUUCCUGCUCUUCGGGGGCACCUUCCUCUUCUGCACCGCGCUCAAGCGCUUCAGGAGCAGCCGCUACUUCCCCGUGGGGGUGAGCAUUUUCAGCCACCCCAGUGACAUGGCCACCUGUCCCACUGGUGUGGGGAUGGCUCUGGGUGCUGCAUCUCAAGGCUGCUCCUGGAGCAGCCCCCAGCCCUGCCAGCCUGGGCCAAGCCCUCUCCAUCUGCAGGUGCGGAAGCUGGUGAGCGACUUCGCUGUCAUCCUGGCCAUCCUGGUCUCCUGCGCUGUGGAUGCUCUCCUGGGCCUGGAGACCCCCAAGCUCCUCGUCCCCAGUGAGCUGAAGCCCACAAACCCAGCACGGGGCUGGAUCAUUUUCCCCUUUGGAGCCAACCCAUGGUGGGUGUGCCUGCUGUCUGCAGUGCCUGCUGUCCUUGUCACCAUCCUCAUUUUCAUGGACCAGCAGAUCACAGCUGUCAUUCUUAACCGCAGGGAGUACAAGCUGCAGAAAGGAGCAGGCUUCCACCUGGACCUCCUCUGCGUCUCCCUCCUGAUGGUUGUCACCUCUGUCACCGGCCUUCCCUGGUAUGUCUCAGCCACUGUCAUCUCCCUGGCACACAUGGACAGCCUGAGGAAGGAGAGUGCAACCUCAGCCCCCGGAGAGCACCCGGAGUUCCUGGGCAUCAGGGAGCAGAGGCUGACAGGCCUGGCUGUCUUCAUCCUGAUGGGAGUCUCUGUCUUCAUGGCCCCUGUGCUCAAGCACAUCCCAAUGCCGGUGCUGUACGGGGUGUUCCUGCACAUGGGGGUGACGGCCCUGAACAGCAUCCAGCUCAUGGACCGUGUGCGGCUGCUCCUGAUGCCAGCCAAGCACCAGCCAGACCUUGCCCACCUGCGCCACGUGCCCCUGCGCCGGGUUCACCUCUUCACCGUCAUCCAGCUGCUCUGCCUGGCCCUGCUCUGGCUUCUCAAGUCCACCGUGGCAGCUAUUAUUUUCCCAGUGAUGCUGCUGGCGCUGGUGGGGAUCCGGAAGGGGCUGGAGCGCAUCUUCUCCCCGCACGACCUGAGCUGGCUGGACGGGCCCCUGCCCGGGUCGGGGACGGCGAGGACACACUCGCGGGAGCGGCCGGAGCAGGGGGGCGCAGCCGAGGAGUGCGAGCCGAUGCAGCGCCCGGGACCGCAGAUCAACCUGUCCGUGAACUAG